GAAAUUAGAUCACCUUUCAGCCAUUGAUUACAAAAUCCAAUUCUUUACCAAAAAUCCUCAAGACAGCAUCAGUCUCAGAUUCCACCACUCCUCUCUCAAUUUGUCAAUUUACAAAGGAAAAGACUACAAUUUAAAUUAAAAAAAAAAAAUCCUACUAACAACCUUAUUAAUAUUAAUAAUUCUAUUGAUUACUAUAUUAAUGUCAUGGCCUUGAAGCCUGGGAAGUUUUUUAGGAGGCAUUCAAUAGAUGCAUUCAGAACGAAGAAAGCCAAUUCAGUGAGGAGUGAGAAAGCAGUGAUGGGGAAGCGAGUGAAGUUUCAAGGUAUAAGUGAGGAAUUGCAGAGGAUAAUAGAUGCUAAUAUGGACAACGUAGAUGCCAGGCGUCGUGCUAGGGAUGCUUUUAAGGAUGUUCAGUUGUCAAUUGAUCAUUGCCUGUUCAAGAUGCCGCAUGCUGGAGUGAAGAUGAAGGAGUCAUAUGAGGUUAAUUCUCGAGGACUGGAAAUCUACUCCAAAAGUUGGCUUCCAGAGACAAGUCCCCCAAAAGCUAUGGUAUACUUUUGUCAUGGUUAUGGUGAUACAUGCACAUUUUUUGUUGAAGGCAUUGCAAGAAAAUUAGCAUCGUCUGGUUAUGGAGUAUUUGCCAUGGAUUAUCCUGGAUUUGGUCUUUCAGAAGGUCUUCAUGGCUACAUACCAAGUUUUGACAAGUUAGUUGAUGAUGUCAUCGAGCGUUACUCAAAAGUUAAAGAAAACGCAGAGAUAUGUAACCUGCCAAGUUUUCUAUUUGGGCAAUCAAUGGGUGGAGCAGUAGCUCUGAAGGUGCACCUGAAGCAGCCCGAUGCAUGGAAUGGCGCUGUUCUUGUUGCACCUAUGUGCAAACUUGCAGAUGACAUGGUUCCACCAUGGUUAGUAACACAGAUUCUAAUCGGUAUAGCAAAAUUUCUUCCAAAGCAAAAGCUAGUUCCGCAACAGGACUUAGCGGAGUUAGCAUUCCGAGAUGUGAAGAAGAGAGAACAGGCCGCCUAUAAUGUCAUUGCUUACAAGCAUAAACCCCGUUUACGAACUGCAGUGGAGUUACUGCAUACCACCCAAGAGAUAGAGAAACAACUAGAUAAGGUCUCUCUGCCAUUGCUAAUCUUGCAUGGAAAGAAUGAUACUGUUACUGAUCCAUCCAUCAGCAAAGCGUUGUACGAGAAGGCAAGUAGUUCGCACAAGAAACUGACCCUUUAUGAGGAUGCUUAUCAUUCUUUACUAGAGGGCGAGCCCGAUGAGAUGAUAUUUCGAGUUCUUAAUGACAUAAUCUCUUGGCUGGAUGACCAUACUUCCUAAGUUAGUUCUCCAAUUUUUGUUCUCUCUAUAUUUUUGUUCUGUCCAUUAUUUUUAUGGUAUAGGGAAACAAGGGGGAAGAGCUGAAACAAUAAACUACAUUUAUCCAUUAUGAUUUACAUGGUAGGGUGAAUACAUUGUCAACAUACAAAGAGAAACAUGAUCUAUUGAUAUACUGAGAUUAAUGCCCCUCCUCUCCCUGGAUUUUUUAUUUUAAAGAACCAAUAUUGAAGAUUUGAAUGUUUUAUAUGAAAUAAAAAGCAAUGCAUCUUUUAGAGAGUA